AUGGGGAAAAGUAGUAAAGACAAAAGAGAUUUAUAUUAUAGAAAAGCUAAAGAAUUAGGUUAUAGAGCCAGAUCUGCAUUUAAAUUAUUACAACUGAAUGAGGAAUUUCAUUUUUUGGAUAAUUUAGAAAGGGUUGUGGAUUUAUGUGCUGCUCCUGGUUCAUGGUCCCAGGUUUUAUCUCGGGUGAUGUUUGAAGAAAAUAAUAACAAUAACCCGAAUAAAAAAAUCAUUGCUGUGGACCUACAACCAAUGUCACCCAUUAAAAACGUGACUACUUUACAAGCAGAUAUCACUCAUCCAAAAACCUUAACACGUAUACUAGAAUUAUUUGGCAACGAAAAGGCAGAUUUUGUUUGUUCAGAUGGUGCCCCAGAUGUCACUGGUCUCCAUGAUUUGGAUGAGUAUGUACAACAACAAUUAAUCAUGAGUGCAUUGCAGUUAACCACCUGUAUAUUAAAACCACAAGGUACUUUCGUGGCUAAGAUUUUUCGCGGCAGAGAUAUCGAUAUGUUAUACUCUCAAUUAGGAUAUUUAUUUGACCGUGUAAUAUGUGCAAAACCAAGAUCUUCGAGAGGUACUUCUUUAGAAGCAUUUAUUGUAUGCCUAGGAUACAAUCCGCCUGCCAAUUGGGAACCAAAACUGGACAUGAAUCAAUCUAUUGAAGAGUUCUUCCAAAAUUGUUUCAGAAGUGUAUCCAAAUUGACUAUAGAGGAUAAGUUAAUAGAGUGGCACGAGGAAGACCGUACAGUAGCACCAUUUAUGUUAUGUGGGGGUCUAGACAGCAUUGACUCCGAUGCUACAUAUCAUGAUGAGCCUGGCGAUAACUCAAAGGAGCCUCGUCAGUCAUUAGACCCUGUACAACUUCCAACAAAUCCACCAUAUAAGAAAGCUUUAGAGUUAAAAAGAAGUGGGAAGUUAACAAGAGCAGUAUAA